GCAGCAGCCAUCAGCUCCCAAACUCCACUUCAUCUCUUGCACAGCCACUCGAUUUCCUCCAACCAGGGAGGAGAGAGACACCAGCCCUUGUCUGAGCUCAUUCUCAACGUGGAAAGGGAAAGGAGAGACACCAUACCAAUCCAGCAGAUUCCAGCAAAUCAUCUACAGAUAAUUUUUCCAUGCCGAAUGCGUGUUAAAGAGCGCGCUCAGUGCGGCACACAUCAGGCUGCUUUAUUGCCAUAGCAGCAGCGCGAGCUGCCUGUAGCUGGCACAGGAGCUAGCGACGGAACAAAGAAAACACACACAAAUAUUUACGUCUACUGAGCAAACUGCUUCCCUAUUCUUUAAGGAGGAGAAGGCAAGACCCCGAAGACCAAAACUGACAUGAUGUUUCCACAAUCCAGGCACUCGGCUUCAUCGCAGCAGCUGAAGUUCACAACGUCAGACUCGUGCGACCGCAUCAAGGACGAGUUCCAGUUCCUUCAAGCACAAUACCACAGUCUGAAGCUCGAAUGUGACAAGCUGGCCAGUGAGAAGUCAGAAAUGCAACGUCAUUAUAUCAUGUACUAUGAGAUGUCCUAUGGGCUGAACAUCGAAAUGCACAAGCAGGCAGAGAUCGUGAAGAGAUUAAAUGGGAUCUGUGCUCAAGUCUUGCCUUACCUGUCUCAAGAGCACCAGCAGCAGGUUCUGGGGGCAAUAGAGAGAGCCAAACAGGUCACCCCACCAGAGAUGAACUCCAUCAUACGGCAGCUCCAGGCUCACCAGCUCUCUCAGCUGCAGGGGCUGGCGCUGCCCAUGACCCCUCUCCCUCUUGGUCUCAGCCAACCGGCCGGCCUCCCCGCAGUCACCUCCAGCUCCGGCCUCUUCUCCCUCUCCAGCAUCCUGGCCUCUCAGGCCCAGCUGGCCAAGGAGGACAAGAGCACACGCGAGACAUCCGACAGCCACCGCGAGGAAGACGGAGACAAGUCCGACUAGUCGCCCGCCAAACCCGUUCCUUCGUCCAGUCAUCAUCGAGCAGAGGCACUUGUUCCCCUUUUUCUUUUCCUUCAUUUUCCACUCUUUUUCCAUCUUUCUAUCUUCCCUCUAAAUUGCUACCGUGUUCACAUACCUAACGUCAUUCGUUCUGGAUCAUUCCACCAGCUUUCUAUAUGUAUCUAUACCAAUCCACCUUUUUAUUGUGUUACGGAUGCUUGAUUUUAUUUUAUUUACACCAUUUCUUGCCUGCGUGUAUGUAUAUAUCUAUCUAAAUAUAUAUAUAUAUAUAUAUAUAUAUAUAUAUAUAUAUAUAUAUAUAUAUAUAUAUAUAUAUAUAUAUAUAUAUAUAUAUAUAUAUAUAUAUAUAUAUAUAUAUAUAUAUAAAAUUGUAUAUUUCUUAUGCUCUUUGUGGAAAUGGUCUACAAAAUGGUGCGACCGUUAAUGGACCAUCGACCCUUCAGUAAUAAUUCCUCUUUGUUGUUUUUUUCCCCCACUCACUUUCUUCCUCUUAAAAUCUUUCACCUUUUAAAGCUACAAUCUACAAUAACUGAGUCAAAAGCACUUUGGCCCUAGGCAGUAACUCUGAGACUAAAAGCAACUUUGCAUCUAAAAACUUAGCCGCAGCAUAAUCCAUUUAGCGUUUAAAGGAUCGGUGUUAUUGUUCGAAGGCACGGCUGUUGCAUCUAUCCUACCUUAAAAGGAUAGUUCAAGUAAAAAUUAGGUUUCAUUUUUAUGUUGUUCCAACCUUAUUUUACCUACAUUCUUCCGUGGAACACAAAAGGAGACGUUUUGAAGAAUGUUCACACUGGUGAAUGGACACACUCUAAGCUUCAUAAGUGACUAAAAAAAUCCUAGUCCAUAUAUUUUAAAUGUUCUGAAGACAUUUGUUUCAUUCAUUGGAAAUUUUGCUUGAUAGCGUCACCAUUUUUCUUUUUUUCUUUUCUUUUUUGUAUGGAAAAGACCAGCUCCGACAUUCCUCAAAAAACAUCUUUUGCACUUCAUAAAAGAAAGUCUUACAGAUUGACAUGAGAAUGAGUAAAGGUGAUCAAAUAUUCAUGCUGUUUCAAACCUGUUUGACUUUUCUUCUGUGGAACACAAAAGGUGAUGUUUUGAGGAAUGUCCAAGCUGUUCCUUUCUAUACAAUGAAAGUGAAUGGGGACCAAAAUAUAAACUAUUUAAGCAUCACAGAACUAGUCCACGUGACUCCUAUAUUACAUUCCAAGUGAUCUGAAGCCAUUCACUGGAAUUAUUCACUGGAAAUUUUGCUUGAUAGCUGUGGUCACCAUUCACUUUCAUUGUAUGGGAAAGAGCAGCUUGGAUAUUGCUCUAAACAUCUCCUUUUGUCUUCCACUUAAGAAAGUCAUACGGAUUUGGAAUGACGUGAGGGUGAGUAAAUUACUUCCUGUUGUUUCAAACCUGUUUGACUUGCUUUUGUUCUGUGAAACACAAAAGGUGUUUUAAGGAAUGUCCAAGCUGCUCCUGUGCAUACAAUGAAAGUGAAUGGGGACCAAAGCUGUCAAGCUUCAAAACAUUGCUUGAACAUUGCCCAAAAACAUAAAAUAUAAUGUCAUACAGGUUUGGAACAACAUGAGGGUGAGUAAAUGAUGACAGAAUUUCCAAUUUAGGGUGAACUGUCCUUUCAAACCGCUUGAUGAAACGUGAUGAAUAAUGUUGAAAUGAAGAAAGAGCAUUUCUACAAGGCCCUUCAACGUACUGUAUAUCUAUCUACCUGCUUGCCUGAUUUCUAAUGUGUUUGGAAGCUGUGUUGUGCUGUCUUAGACAGAGAAUAUUAGAUGAAUCCUCUGAGAAGCUAGCUAACCUGCUCACCAAGUGAAAAGGGAUGCUGUUUAAAAGAUAUUUUUGGUCUUUUUUUUUUUUUUUAAUAGUAAUGUUGAAUGUCUACAUGGUUAAAGUCAUGUUGUUUUGUUUAUAAGGUAAGUUGUAAGAGAAAGGUAUUUGAAAAAUUAGAAGCACCUUCUUUUAAAAAAGUCAUUGUUUUGAUCGCACUACAGAAAAAGGAAGUAUGUGAAAUCAUAUGCAUGAUGUAUAACAAGCCCUCCCAACAAAGAGAAAAGAAAUUCAUAGCACACUGCCUCCUUAAGUUGUCUUAAGGUAAAAGCUAGGAUGCAAACAUAUGCGUUUUUCAAAAAAAGUCUCCCGGUGUGAUAUUGUUGUAUGUAGUAUGAGAUUCUACCAAGAGGGGGCAGUAAGUCCAUAGCAAGUCCACACUAACACCCUCAGGGUCAUGUCAGUUUAGAGUUGUGCUAUUUUAAGUGUCCUAUGUAUGUUUCUGCAGACAUAUGAUAUAAAAUAUGCUUGUUUUGACAUGCCCACGAAAUAAAUAACUGUUCUAGCAUCUAUUCAGUUAGAAGUAUGCAUCAAGAAAAAGCUUUUUUUGUGUGUGUCAUAACUGUAACUUGCAGCUAUAGCAGUAUUCUAGUCAUAGAUUGUUGCGUUUUCAAGUCUGUUUUCUCAUUUUGAUCUAUUCUGGAAAUUAAAACCAGAUAUAUCACGGCUUUUUUUCUUCUUUUAGGUCUAUGCUUUUUGACUGUCAUUGUCUGGAUGCUUUAGAUUUGGUUUGUCCAAAAUCGUAGACGCAUUUAAACUAGUGCUGUCAAAUCGAUUAAUCGCGAUUAAUCACAUCUAACACAAAAGUUUCUAAAUAUACAGUAUGUGUAUAUAUACGUAUAUAUAUGCAUCUAACAUAUAUAGAGUAUGUAUAUAUUAUAUAUAUUUACAAACUUUUAUGUUGGAUGCGAUUAAUCGCGAAUAAUCGAUUUGACAGCACUAGUUUAAACUAUAUUGGAUUAAGGAGUUAAGCUGCUUCCUAAACUUGUGUUAAUGAGACGGUGCACUGUUUUUCAGUUAAAUGCCAGAAUUAUGGCAGUGCCAACAUUAGAAAACAUAAAUUAAAGGCCACCUAAUGAUAUCGUAGUGCUUUCAAAACAAAUGUGCUCACAUUUUUUAUUGGUACAAUGUUUUCUGUUCGAUUCUGCCAGUGUAUUUAUGAUAGAAGUGCCAGGAUUUAUCCUUGUGGCUUGCUACAUAUGCUCAAAUCUAUUGUUUUGUUUUGUUUUUUUUAAGGACAAAAAGUAGUGGUCGCUGCGUAAAAUGUUAAGAGUUCAAAAUCAGAUCUAGACAAAUGCAAAGUGUUUUGCUAUAAAGGUGGGCCGCGGUGUACUGUAUGUGUACGUUAUACAUAGACCUAAAGCUUUAUGUGCAAACGGAUGCUUUCGUGUCAGUCUUGAAUGAUACGUCUGUGUUUUAGAGGACUCUUAACUUGUGAGGCACUUGAGAACAGGUUGUCGCCCCAUCAUCCUUUCUUUCCUUCUUGAACCCCCGACAGCCCUCUCCUCCCAGAAUUCAUUGCUUGCCUUUUGACAUUUCUUACAAGCAUUGUAAGCAUUCUGUGCUUUAUAAAAGUCUUUUCAUUUGUUUGUUUUUUGACUCCUAAUUUUAUGUAUAUUGUACAACCUACAGUGCAAAAAUAAUUGUGUUAUAAAAUAGCUUCAUUCCAUAUUAAAACAAAGUACAUAAACAUUUACUAUACAUAAAUGGAAAUUUCUGCAGUAAGGAAAUGCUUCUGGUGCCUUACAAAUAAAAUCAAUCAAAUCAA